GCACCAAUCAGCGAGAGUUUCUGACCGUGUUAAGAUGGCGGCUGUGAGGAUCAGGGAGCUACUGAUCUCCACCAACAUAACAAGGUGGUUUCCUCCAAAACGGAAUGCCUGCUUCAGAACUGUUGACAGAGAGAUUUAUUUAAGAAACUCUGCCAAGUCAUGCAGCACUCUCGGGCAUGUGGAGUGUUGUCACUAUACCUGCAGUGCAAACACCAAACGCAAGUAUGUGCCUCGGAGAGCUGUGCUGUAUGUACCUGGGAAUGAUGAAAGGAAACUCCACAAGAUAACCAGUCUCGAUGUAGAUUGUGCUGUCCUCGACUGUGAAGAUGGUGUUGCUUUAAACAAGAAGGAAGAAGCCCGGAUAACGAUUGCAGAGACACUCAAUCGACCUCAUGUAGGCCGCACAGAUCUGUGUGUGCGAAUUAACUCUGUCUCCAGUGGCCUGGCUGAGCUGGACAUGGAAGUUAUCUUACAAUCUAAAGAACUUCCGCCAACCUUGAUGCUGCCUAAAGUGGAAACUGUCGAAGAAAUCAAAUGGUUUGCAGACAGAUUUGCAAAAUACUCAAAGGGCCGGACAUUAAAGGAACCAAUGAAUUUAAUAACUUUCGUCGAGACAGCAGUAGGAUUGCUGAAUUUCAAGGCUGGAUGUGAAGAGGCACAGCACCUUGGCGACCGUGCGGGCUUCCAACUUGAUGGAGUGGUAUUUGGCUCAGAUGAUUUCUGUGCCAGCAUAGGUGCCACCAGAACUAAAGAUGCUCAGGAGCUUGUUUACGCAAGGCAGAAGGUUGUUGUGACGGCAAAAGCAUUUGGUCUCCAAGCCAUAGAUUUGGUCUAUAUUGACUACAAGGAUGAUGAGGGCCUUUGCAAGCAAUCAAGAGAGGGUGCAUUGAUGGGGUUCACCGGUAAACAAGUGAUUCACCCCAGGCAGAUUCCAAUUGUACAAGAAGCGUUUUCACCAAGUCCUGAGAGAGUAAAGUGGGCUCGGGAACUGAUUGAAGCUUUUGAAGAAUAUCAAAAACUGGGAAAGGGAGCCUUCACUUUUCAUGGGAGCAUGAUCGACAUGCCAUCUUUGAAGCAGGCACAGAACAUCAUUACACUGACCUCAACCAUCAAAGAAACAUGAAACCUCAAGAGGAGACAAGUUUUACCGUAGAUCGCUUGGCAAAUGCCAUGGACAGCAAUAAACAGCAAUAGAGACUAGUUGCUUGUGGGAAGCAUUAUGGAGGUCACUGCAGAAACGGCAGUGAUGUUUAAUAAUAUGAUAACCUAAGAUCCAUGCAGUUGUUAUUUGAAAGAAAAGAUUUUUUUGGAUGCUGUGGUCUUGUGAGAUUGUCUAGACCAAAUUCUCUUCCUGAGUACAGUAUUUGUACAUAGCUAGCCCCCCCCCCCCCGUAACUUCAUACUCUAUGGUUAGGGACACGGUUAGACACAGACCUGCAGUAAUUUUUUUUCUGAUGCAACGAUUAGAACCACCGUGCAGCAGGAUUCGUCUGGGAGGACCCCUGUCAGUUUUUGUAUCACAUGAAAAAAACACUGCUGCAGGUCAGACAUGUUGGUUGGUUAACAGGCUGGGGUACAAGCCUGUUUAACCAGAGGUUUGCCCAGUUUGAGGCAAAGUAAAUAAGCAUAAUAAUCACCCAUUGUUACACAGUGCAGCAGAGCUCCUGUGCUGAAGGGUUAAGUACUGCAAAGGGCCAAAGUUUGUUCACUGCAGAACCCAAAUUAAAUUCACACUCCUGAGAAAAAUUCCUUCAGGAACUGAGGGGCGUUCACAAAUUAAAACUAAAAAAUACUUCAGAUUGCCUCAUGGCCUAUGCAUCAGCUGAUCUAGUUCCUCCAGAGGCUGUAGGAUCUUCUUUAAUUUUACAAAAGUAAUACUAAUUAUUGGACAUGUAUAGUUUGAUUUUGUAAAGUGUCAAAUUUAAUAAUUUCUUUUAAAUGUUCUAAAAUUGGUUUGCUAUCCUGUGGUUAAUUCCAUUUUGAUUUUUUUUUAAAAAGGGCAAUGAUUAAAAUAUAUUUGACAUAAUGAUAACUGUUCUGGUCUCGUAUUGUAUCUACUGCUGCCAGCGGCUUAUUGUUGUCUCUUUUUGAAGUAAGAUUACGUCACAGCAUCGUCGUUACUUGCAAAUGUGAAUACUGGAAAUUCUUUUUAACUGUACAGUGACACAAGAUGAUCAUCUGAAUAAAAUUAA